AUGCUCCCGGUCGCAGUGCUCGUGGCGUUGGUGGUAGCAGUCGUGUCGACAGAGCCUCCGCGGCCGACGUGCUCUGCCGACACCAAAUUUAUGGUCACGACGUGCGCUGCAGAGUUGCCCGAUCGAAUUUGCCGUGGAGUGGUGUGCUGGCCGUUUCUCCAUCGUCAAGUCGUUCCAUGCAUCGACCCCUCGCACGCGCUCUACGAGCGCGUCCGCUUUCUUUGCCCGUCGAAAGACGUUGCCAUGAGCAAAUUUAUGCCCACUGCUAGCUCCCUGCCCAUUGCGACGUCUGCAAGUCGGCUCGCAGUAGGCGAAUUCCCGAAUGCGGUGAACUCGACGUCAGUCGGCACGGCCAACACAACCUUCGAGGAAGGGUCAAGCUACGUACGCACACCACCUGCUUAUCCCUUUGAUUCGCCGUUCGGCGUCGCAGCGACUGCAUCUAUACUUGUGCUCAACGACUCGACGUUGAACGCGACAGGUGCAGGGCAGGCAACAACGACGGCCGACUUCGUGACGACGCCGGCACCACAAGCCGACAACGACUCGGAAAGCGACGGCGAGACUACAGUUCGAUCAAGCCCACGCACGUCGCAGUCUAUUGGCAUAUCCAUCGGCCCUCUUCAUGCGGCAGCCAUCCUCGCUGCGGUUGUCCAUGCUCGUGUGUGA